GCCUGCCUGGGAAUUCUCUCUCAAAUUCAAAGGGCCACGGGCUGGGCGCGUGACCUGCAGCGUGAGUAGGGGGUCAGCGGCUGGUAGUGGCAGUCGGUCACUCGGGGUCAGCGGCCGGUAGUGGCUGCCGGUCAGCGGCCGGUAGUGGCUGUCGGUCACUCAGGGGUCAGCAGCCGGUAGUGGCUGUCGGUCACUCAGGGGUCAGCGGUCAUGACGCUGGCCGGAGCUGCCCUUUGGCCCAUGUUCCGAGGAGCUGUUAUGGGGCCGGUUGCCUGUUUGUCUUGCUCGUCCGUCCUGUCGCUGCAGUUGUUAUCCGGGCCCAGGAUUCACUCUCGUUUCAGAUCCACAAGCAGGGUUAUGUCAUCAGUAAGGAAAACAAACCAUCUGGAGAGAACAGUCAACAAUUUCCGCCAGGAGAUGAUUGCUCAAGCAAAAGUCUGUGGAAUAGUUCACGAAUCUGAAACAGUUAAAAGACUACGCCUUGUUGUGAUGAACAAAGAUUUUGCCUUCAAAGCAGGACAGUGGGUAGAUUUCUUUAUCCCUGGCACAUCUCAAGUUGGUGGCUUUUCCAUCUGUUCGAGCCCGGGAUUAUUGGAGAGGGAGAGCGUAUUGGAAUUGGCAGUAAAAUACAGCAAACAUCCGCCUGCCAACUGGGUUCAUACUCAGUGUGAUGUUGGUUCAGAAGUAACUCUUCGUGUAGGAGGUGAUUUCUUCUUUGAUCCUCAACCUUCUGACUCUCCAGUGAACCUGUUAUUAGUUGCAGGUGGAGUAGGCAUUAAUCCCUUGUAUUCCAUACUCUUGCACGUAGUGGAUCUCCACAGAUUGCAAGGAAGCAAAUAUUGUAAAUACAAACCUGGAUCAGUACAUCUCUACUAUAGUGCCAAAAACACAGAUGAGCUCCUUUUCAAGAGAAACAUCAUAAAUCUAGCAAAGGAGUUUUCUGGAAAAAUUAGCUGUCAUUUUCAUGUGACACAGCAGAGCUUUGAAAUACCUGCAGAUAUCCACCCUUACGUGACUGCUGGAAGAAUAUCUGAAAGGACUCUGGCGCACGUAUCAAAGGAUAACCUCUGUUACAUUUGUGGCCCACCUCCAAUGAUAGAGGCUGUUUCUCAACAGCUAGAAAAACUAGGUGUUCCUAAAGAGAGGAUCAUUUUUGAAAAGUGGUGGUAGUGUGAGUCUAAAAAGGCAAUUUCCCCCAACAUUAUCCUUGUAUUCUGGUAAUCAAAGUAUUAUAAUUUUACUUCAGCGUUGGAUAUUGUUCUCUGGUGGUGGUUGUUUGAUUUCAGAACUGCUAAAAGUGCUGGCCAAUACUGAAGUUGGAGUUUUUGAGAGCGAAUGUCUCCAUAUAGGAUAUUAAGUCAUGAAUAUUGCCUUUAAAUUGCUUCCAUUAUAUAUCUAAAAUGUUAAUAUUCAAUAGUAAAAGUUAUUACCUAAUUUCCAUUUUUCUACCAUAAUUUGUAUUCUUUGUACUGUAUCAUUUUAUUUUUAUAUUGUUUUGGUAGAGCAUUGAAUCUUAAGCUGCCGUCACAUUAAUAUCAAUGCAAUAUAAUUUAUAUUAUCUCGAAUGCAGUGGAACAAUCCAGGAAUCAAUCCCUGAUCUAACUCUCCCAGAAACGCCGAAGCCAAGAAACGCAAGACCAUUUCCAAUCAAUGACCUGAUGGCAUUUAGCUUACUCGUCAGGCAUAACUCCAGCUUAGUUCAAAACCACAGAGUGACCAGGAGGUCUUGGUAUGGAACCCUUCGUGUAUUGAAGGAUGAGAAGUGCAACUGCUUUGUGUUAUUUUUAGCAUUUAGAAUCAGCCUUUCGAAAGCCUAACUUGGAACCUGUGGAACUCGAGAAUGCCGCCUGCACAUUGAGCUGUAUCAAAACUGGUUUCAGACAGCUGGCUGCAACAUAAUGGCUAUCACAAAACUUGGCUAUUUUGAAACAAGGAAAGUUUGUGAGAGAAAUUCAUCCUGGCAAAUUAUUGCCAUACUUGCUAAAAACAAACUGAACUAUAUUAGUGUCUGUGUUCAUGUGUCUACUUGAGAGAAGAAUGAAUCUGGACUACAAGUUCAUAAGAGGGUCUUAAACUCACAUUGACUUUAAAAGUGGUCAACAGUAUAUACCUAACAGAUUUUGAAAACAAGUUUUUACAGACAAUUUCAACUUUGAAAAUCAGAAAUGAAUCAACAAUUGUUUAACAUUUUUAGCUUUUUGAUUUAAGCACAGAAAUGUAAUUAAGUACUUCCACCUAUUUAUUUGGAACAUAAUUUAUUUUUAUUCAAAACUCCCAAGUAUUUUUUAAACAAGCUUCGAUUUAUUCAAUGCAAUAUAACCCUCUAUAUUGGACCUCUGUUUACAAACUGAAUAUCAUCAGAGGCCAAGUGAAACCUGCCAUAGUUUACAUAAAUCUGUUAGUUAUGUCUUAAGUGGACUAGAAAGCAAUGUUUAUCAUGAAGUAAUAUUUCCUUUCCCCUUCCCUCCCCCUCUCCCUCCUAGCUCAGAGAUUGUUGUCCCAGAGCUGCCUGUCAUUUGAUUGGCUCUGCUUAUUUAUGUUUGCCCACAAGAGUCGAAUAUUUUGAUGAAUUUGACUUAAUUUUGAAAUAGAUUUCUAGUAUCAUCUUUUGACAGAUCAUGCAAGUUUCUGCCUGAACUGCCAGUUUGAUAAAAAGCAAAAUACUGUGGAUGCUGGAAAUCUGAAGCAAAAACAGCAUCUGUGGAGAGAGAAACAAUUAAUGUUUCGAGUCCAUAUGACUCUCCUUCUGAGCCUUCUCUGCAGAAGAGUCGCGGUCUCGAAAUGUUAACUUUGUUUUCUCUCCACAGAUGCUGUUAGACCUGCUGAGGUUUUCCAGCAUUUUCUGUUUCUGCCACUUUGAUGACUUGGUCUAAUGAAUCUGUACCAUUUUAACACUUCCAUUCUCUCUCACUCAGUUCAUUAUUUAUAUGAAGCAUGAUGCAUUGCUCACCUUUUGGUUUCAUUUUAUUGCCUAUGAAUUUGUAUAUUUUAUUUCCAACUAGAUCAGUGCUGAAUCUUGUAGCUGCUUUGCUGAAUCUUGUAGCUGCUUUCUCUACAAUCCUAUCAGUUCCCAGUUCCUAAAUCUACACUUAACUAAUCAAAUGCGGAACCACUUUUAGAUCAACCUGUAAAUAUAUUUUAAAUUAAUUAGUACUGUUUAUGACCAUAUUACCACUGCCUGUUCUUGGUACCAAUGCUGCCUUUUGGCUUGAAACUUGAUUAAUUUUAUCAUUGAUGCCAGGCAAAAACCAAGAUGAAUGAAUAAAUGAUCUGUUCAGAAAAUUAUAAGUCAUUUGAAGUGUAACCAGAUAACUUUCACAUGCCUAUCUACUGUACAUCUUUUUUCUAUCAAGUUCCACACAAUUAGUAGCAAUGUUGAUUUUUAUAUGGUUUCAUUCUGUUAGUUGGGAUUCUGAAUUAUUAUCACCGGUUGUUUAAUAUCAUGAAGCUCCUGAGCCUCACCAGACGAUGCUUAACACAGUUGACCACCACGGGGCAAACCAUUGCCUUACAAGAUGGAAGGCUGCCAUUAUUUAAUAUAAAAGUAUUAGCUAAUUGUCAGAAAUCAGUUUCGUAAUGCAUUUUAAACUGCAUUAUCAUAGUUCACUGGCUAUAUCGAAUGUGACUCAUGCAUUUGAAAAUUCCUGUAAUUAUGGUAACUGGUAGACUGGUAGGAAUAUCUUGCAAUCAAACUUUGAAAGAACAAUAUGAUAUGUUGGCUAUAACUUACUGGCCAAGAAGCAAUAUUAGAUUUGGUAAUUUAUUCAUUAGGUGGGGUAAUAAGUGCGUUUCAUGUGAUCUUCCUUUGAAUUUCGUUUAUAGAAUUUAAAAAUGCUGAAAUUUUCUUUGAUCUUUACAGAACUAUUAAGAGUAGUAUAUCUUGUGCAAAGCAAAUGCCUCAUGUAUGUUGCAAUAAAUUAUUUAGACUUUUUUUCUUAAAAUCUCAUUUGUUGCAUUCUGCAUAUGGAUAUAAAGCUAAUGUAAGAGGGAAAA